GUCGCUUGUUGCUAAUCGCCAUUAGUUUAUCCGUGUGCCUGGCCUGUGGCAGUGUGUUGGUGGCCGCGAUUGCCCUGCGCCGCUCAGCCAACGCAACAGCAACAUUAGCAGCAACAACGACGGCAGCAACAUCAACGGCAGCAGCAGCAGCAGCAGCAGGAGCAACAUUGGAAGCAGCAACAACGCGAAGGAUACGGCACAAACGUCGCUCGUCGCAACGACGGCGCAGCAACAACAACGCGGUGCUGUCGUCUGGGAUUGGAACUGGGAUUGGGAUCGGGAUUGGGAUUGGGAUUGGCAACGGGAUCGGGCCUGGACUGGAAACCAAUUCGGCUCUGGCCCUGCCACUAGCAACACCAUCAACAUCGGGCUCCACAGCAGCGGAUCAGACAGCUAUAGCCUCUGCAGCAGCAGCAGCAGCAACAACAGCAACAGUAUCCCCAGCAGCAGCAACAGAAACAACAACACUUUUGCCAACCGAGCCGGAACAUUCUGUACCCAUGCUAUCGGUACAGACGGCCGGCUGCGCGGGAAUGGAGCGGCUCGGCGUUCCGACCCGCACAUCUUUAAGCUCACCACCCGAUGAUAGGGAUCAAUUUAGAUGUAGAAUGCGCGUGGAUGCGCUACAAGCACGUGAGCUCCUGGCUGUACGUGGCGAGACUGUGAUUCGUGGCGCCGGAAACAAUCAGCAGCAACAUCAUCUCCAUCACAGCAGCAUCAGCAGCAGCAACAAGCAACAACAUUCCCACCACCAGCAACAACGCAUGACAACUCCAAGCACGCACAACUCCGGCGGCGGCGGCGGCGGCGGCGCAGGAGGAGGAGGAGCAGGCGGUGACCAUCACCAUCACCAGCUGAGCAGUAGCAGCAACAACAACUAUAGUAUUAGCAGUAAUGUGGCGCGAGGCGGCAUUGAGGCCACCACCCUCAAGUACGGCAACACGGGCAGCGGGAGCGGUUGCUACAAGGGCGACUGCGGCAACUCCUCAUCCGGAUCGUCGUGCAGUUCGCUCCAGAGCCACAGCAACGACCACCACCAACAUUACCAGUACCAGCUGCAGCAGCAGCAGACGCCCCGCUGUCCCCAUCACGUACCACUGCCGGACAGCGAGUACGGACAGGAUCGCCACCUGCAGAUCAGGAGCAGCUAUCAGCAAUCGGAGAUCACCAGAUCGUACACGAAACCGCCGCCCAACAAGACGGUGCGGGAUGUGCCCGAGCAGAUCUCGGCGGGCGGCUGUGGCGUCUCCAGUUCCAGCUACCGUCUCACCACGCUCCAGGCCGCCUCCUCCACAUACACGCCCAGUGGCGUGUCAGUGUCCGCCUCCUCAUCGUCCAGCAAGUCCAAGCCGAAUGCCAUAACCAAGUUCUUCUCGCGGAUCAGUUCGCCAAAGUCGCCGCCGAGCUGUACGAUGUCCUCGAUGGCCACUGCAUCCCCUCCAUCCUCCGUCUCCAUGUCGUCGUCUGCCUCCUCGCUCGCCUCCUCCGCCUGUGUGUCCACCUCGUCGUCGGCCUCCUCGCUGGCUGCUGUGCCGUUGCCCACGCUGCCGGUGUCCAAUGCAUCGCUGCUGAAGAGCACAGCCUGUGGCUAUGGGACGAAUCCCAGUGGGACGCAUAUCUACGCGGGAUUGGGACCGAGCACGCAACUGCUGACCAGCCUGGGUACCGGAACGAGCGGCAAUUGCAGCCCCGAAAGGAUACCCACACCGCCGCUGUCCGUCUCCGUGCCCAUUGGAGCUGGUCUGCAGCCACUGAGGAGCAGCAGCAGCAGCGGGAGUAGCAGCAGCACCGCCAGCCUACCCGCCGUCGAGACAAGCACAACAACAGCCACCACUCAGUCUUCCUUUGCCACCGGAGCGACGGGGGAUCUCCCGCUGACCACGAUGAGCCGCAAUAAUUCCAACUCUAGCAUGAUGAGCUGCCACUGCAGCUGCAAUAGCCGGAAUUGCAGCCACUGUGCGGCCAACUCAUAACUGAGCUCGUGUUAAGUUUAACUACAUUAAAAUAUCGGCGGUGGUGCAGAAACCUCUGGAGAUUGAAGAGCAUUAGUUAGGUUAAAAGGGUCCACUAGAUGAUUUGCUCUGCGCAAGAAUCUUAAAGGUGUUUUAUCGCAAUGAUAAAAUAUUUUUAAAAGAUUUUUGUAAGGGGAAAACAAGGAUUUUUCAACUAGUGUUGUCACAUCUCCAGAGUUUUGUGCAGCACCUCCAAUAUAUAUAUAUCUACGUAUAUAUACGCAUAUAUUUUUUUUAUGUUAGCCUAUGUUUAUCUAUUAUGUUAAAGUUUAACAGAUUUAUUUUAUGUAGGUCUGUCGCCAACUUUUGCGCUGGUACGAAAAGACUGUUUAUUAGUCAGAAUUUAAUUUGUAAAUUUGAGUAACAAGAGAGAAGGAAAGCUAGAGAAUGAUAAAUCGUGAAGACAUAUAGCUGCGCUGCCGCCUUUUAAGCACUCACCACAGACCAUAGAAGGUUUUUUUUAGUUCUGUAACAUGAUUUCCAUUCGUCGCUUGCUAAACGUAAGGAAACGAAAAUCUUUUGUAAAAAACGAAGAAAGCAACAAACUUGAAAGAGACAGACACAAUACCAUUAAACUUGAAGAAGGGAAAGAGGAAAGUAAAUAACAAAAUAUAAGUGAAUAUGUAAUUGUAAUUUUAUGAAUGAAUAUUGUAUACACUUUAGUUUGAAUAACUCUAGUUUUAAAUCGAAGCCAACCAACUCUUAACUAUACUCUAUCCCAACCCCUAUCCAUAUCCCAUAUCCCCUAUUAUUAUUAUUAUUAUACGCUUGUCCCAUGUGCUGGAACACACGAAAAACACACAAACAAUUUUUAGUUCAAUUGAAAUUCGUAUUUGUAUAUUUGCUAACGGAAUUACAAUGUAAAAAAAAAACAAAAAAUGAAAUGAAAUCUAUGUAAACCAAUUUGUAGAGAAAUUUUUGUUUU